AUGGACAGCUCGCAGUUCCUCUUGGUGGCUUGCGCGGCGGCUUUGCUGCUCUGGCUCUGGCGUCUUACGCAGGCGGAUGUGAAGAGGUGGAUCGGGCACUUAACCCACACCACGGAAGCUUGGUUGAAGGGCGGUGCAGACCUGAGUCCUAUGGCCAUGCGAGUGGAAGAGGAGCUUUGGCGCAUACGUGUGCACAUGUUCAUGACCUUCAUUCGGCUCAGCAUGCCCCCCAUACUGAUCAUGAUCGUGCUGGCAUCAGUGGAGUUCCUGCGCGAGCCCAGCUUUUGCAGUGGGAGCUGGUCGUUUUUCCUGUCGCUGGUGGUUGUAUUGUACGGUGUUGUUGUCGACAAGCAGCUACCUUACGCGCCCGUGCUUCUGCGCAACAUGCGGGCUUUUUUCGGCAUCGCGAACAUGAUUGUCACGAUCAGCAACUGCGGGAGCAGCAAGGACGAUUUUCCCGGCCGAUUGGGCCUCGUUAUCUCUGGACAGGUGUUGCAGGGAAUACUCUUUCCAGCACAUGUAAUGACAGUGGUAAAUUCCAUUCUGCACACGGUUCUCUACAUCUGGACCGCAGCAAAGGUGUAUGGCCAAAGCUCGCUGAACCCGUGGUUGCUUGUGUUUCACAUCUUUUUCCAAACCAUGGUGUGCAAUGUCUUUCCCUUCGUGCUGGAGUUUACGUUGCGGAACUGCGUCACAGCGUCCUUCCAGUCAAAGGACUCGGCCUCACUAAUCUCCGGGUUUCGCCAGAUGCUGAAAGGCAUCUGCGACGGGGAGUUGCUGGUGGAUGGCAAGUUCCGCAUCUGCGGCGGCGCGCCGUGCCUUCAGCGGCUGCUGGCAAGCCAAGAGGAGUUUGCCGGGCGCUGCCUGCGGGAUCUCAUCGACGGCGACGAGGAGCGAGAAAAGAUCGAUGGGUUCCUCGCGCCUGCCAUGCAGGAGGAUGACGCGGAGGACCUUCGGCCGAACGAAGGUGCCCCGCGCUGCCUGCGCGUGCCGCUGAAGGCUCCUUCCGGCCAGGUCGUCCCAGUCGACGUCUUCCACGUGCCGCUUCCCCGCAGCCUCUACGGGGAGAGCACCAACUACCACCUGCUGGCACUCACCGAGGACGUCCAUGCCCGAGCCCAACCAGAGGCCAACGCGAUGUCUCAGAGUGCAUUGCCAAGCAGCCUGCUGGCGUCCCGACGCCCGCCGGCGGCCUCCGUAGCCAGCAGCGCCGACACGCAGCUGGAAGGCUGCGACGAGCUGAUGGAGAUGACGCUGCUGCUGAACGCCAGCACGGAGCUCAUGGACAUAGAGGAGGCCCACCUGCGAUUCGUGCGCCACACCGAGGAGCCCAAGGUCCGGCUAGGCAUGCCCACCCUGAAGCGCUUCGCGCGGCCGCUGGACUGGGCCGGCAUCGACGCCACGCUGCGCCGCUACGCGCGCGAGGUGCGGAAGGCCUCGGCGAACGGCCAGGAGGUGGUGGAGAGGCAGGCGCUGCCGCAUCCGUUGGUGCUGCGGCUGCCCGGGGAGACGAGGAAGUACCUCCUCUCAAGGCUGGGAGGCUUUGGCAGACUGGUGUAG